CCCUUGAGCCCGGCUAAAGCCGCUAGUCGAUCCAAGGACAGGUUUACUGAAACAAGCGACAACGUUUUGGGUUUCUGGAGUCUCCCCAUUGACAGUAGGUGCGUUCAUUUCCUUCCCAUUAUCCCUCCCACCCUCUGACUCAGAGUCACUGAACGAGUCGAGCUUGAACUCAGACUACCCAUAUGGCGUUCACUUUGAGGAGCGUGAAGGUACCGUCCAACUCAGUGAGUUUGGAAGAAGCAAAGGGUCGGGUGUUCGAUUUCUUCAGAUCAGCUUGCAGAUCAAUACCGGCUAUUAUGGACAUCUAUAACCUUGACGACGUCGUAACGGCCUCCCAGCUCCGUUCCACCGUCGCCUCCGAGAUCCGUAAAAACUCCCAUGUUACUAACCCUAAGGUAAUUGAUAUGCUGCUCUUUAAGGGUAUGGAAGAACUGAACAACAUUGUGGAGCAUGCAAAGCAACGGCACCACAUUAUUGGCCAGUAUGUAGUGGGUCGUCAAGGGCUUGUUCAGGAUUUGAACACCAAGGAUGAAGGCAUGUCUGAUUUCCUGAAGAAUUUCUAUAAAAGCAACUACUUUUGAACAUGCAAUUUUUGUGGACACCUUUUGGGAUUUUGCCUUUGACUCUGGACUUCCUUGAUAAUAAUGUACCUAGAACUGUUUCCGAACCAUUCUGUUGGGUUAAAUUCGAUCAUAUUUAUUCCUGUUCACUUCCUGGAAAACAAUGAAAUGUCCUUUCACUGGCUGUUGGUUUUCACAACUCCCAGAAAUGUUGCUCGAACUCUGGUAAAUUAAGCUUAUCAGAAUCGUGUCUUAUAUUUCUGUUA